GCCCUAACCUGUGCCUGUUGUGUCUCAGUUACAGAUGGGAUGGAAAAUCUGAGCUGGUCUGGCCUGAAGCCUGUCCUGGAUCUGGAUUCUCCUUUUCUCUCAGACAGCAUUUGAAGUUCUGCUCUGUUUUGCAGUACAGGAAAAACAAGAUGCCCCACUUCUGAUUGCUGGAGCUGGGGUGGAGCUGAUGCAUAAAGCAAAGCAGCAUGCACAGAAGCAGGCCAGAAAGGGGAAGAGAUCAGUGAGAAACUCCUUCUAGGGAAUCAGGAAAAGACAACAACAGAGGGUAGCGAAUUGGUUUUGCCCAGAAGCAUUUCAGUCCUAAAGCAAAUCCAGAAACCAUUGUUGCUGAGAGACCGGAGCAUGGAGGUCCUCCCUCAGAGCAUCAGAACAGUUGGUGCCAGUCAUCAGAAAUAUGCAUUCCUUACUGAGUGGAACUACAUGGUGGAACUCAUCUCUUAGGCUUGUUUGGUCCCUGGAGAAAGGAAAAUGAGCCAGUGAGAGCAGUGCUUCAUGAAGUGCAUGGUGACCCAAGACCCACUCCUGCCAGAGGAGCCUGAGGCAGAAAGACAAGAAAGGAAAGAUGAAAGAGGCAGAGAUGCUCUUCUUAUUCUUCCCUCUCUGUCACUGCAAGAUGAAAGCUGCUGCCCAACAGAAAGAUACAGAAACAUCAGAAAAAUGAGACCCUGCAGCCUGAUGGCCUGGAGCUCUGCUGUAAAGGAGGUAUGACCACACCUGCAGCUGCUAAGCUCACAGCAUCGUGCAGGUGGGCUGUGCUGUAGCAGUGGAAGGAAGGGAGGAUACUGCAGUUCUCCAACCUGCUUCACGCUCUGAAAUCUGGAACGUAAUUAAGUGUAUUUAAUCCUGACUUUUAUUAACUACAUGCAGAAACCAGCAAGAAAUCCACCCCAAAACAAACCCCGCGCACGGAGUGCCAAAAAACGUUAAUCACGUGCAGCUAAUCCCAAAAGACAGGGUUGUAACUGUAAACUUUGCAAUAGCAGAAGCAACGUUUCUUUAUGUUUGCUCUGUGCUCUUCCCUUCUUAAAUGCAGUAUUUCAUAGAACCUCAGGACAGCUUUGUGUGUACGGGACCUUAGAGAUCAUCUACUUGUAAGCCGUGCUGUGGGCUGGCUGCCUCCGACUGCCCAGGGGCCCCAUCCAUGGCCUUGGGCACCUCCAGCGAUGAUGCACCCACAUCUCUCCAACCAACCCAGCGCCUCACCGCCCUCACAGUGAAGUAUUUACCCUCCCACCCCGGACCCGCCCUCCCGUCUCGGGCUGCCGGCUCCUCCCCGCCCGGCGCCGUCCCACGCUCCAGGUGUCGGAGCCGAGCAGAACCGAGCGGAGCCCCGCAUCGGGCGGAGCGGCCACCCGCAACCGCUGGGAGGUGGGCGGUGCGCGGGGCGGGGGCUGCGGGGUCUCGGCAUGGCCCGGGGGAGGCUGCUGCGCUGCCGCCCGGCCCCCUGAGCAGGCGAGACGGGACGGGACGGGACGGGACGGGAGGUGGACGAGGCUCCGGUUGUUCUCCGGGUGCCCCCGGGGGGGUGGCCAUGUCCGGAGCCAUGAAGUUCAACGGGUACUUGAAGGUGCGGAUCGGUGAGGCGGUGGGGCUGCAGCCCACCCGUUGGUCCCUCCGCCACUCGCUGUUCCGUAAGGGCUACCAGCUGCUGGAUCCUUACGUGACGGUCAGCGUGGACCAGGUGCGAGUCGGGCAGACCAGCACCAAGCAAAAGACCAACAAACCCACGUACAACGAGGAGUUCUCCGCCACAGUGACCGACGGACAUCAGAUCGAGCUGUCUGUCUUCCACGACACCCCCAUCGGCUACGAUGACUUCGUGGCCAACUGCACCUUGCACUUCCAGGACCUCCUGCGUUCUGCGGGACCCAGCGACAGCUUCGAGGGUUGGGUGGAUUUGGAACCAGAAGGCAAAGUGUUUGUCGUCAUUACUCUUACCGGCAGCUUCACAGAAGGGACCCUCCAGAGGGAUCGCAUUUUUAAGAACCUCACUCGGAAGCGCCAGCGGGCCAUGCGAAGGCGAGUGCAUCAGGUGAACGGGCACAAAUUCAUGGCAACCUACCUGCGACAGCCAACCUACUGCUCACACUGCAAGGAGUUCAUCUGGGGCGUGUUUGGGAAGCAGGGAUACCAGUGCCAAGUAUGCACCUGUGUUGUACACAAGCGCUGCCAUCAUCUAAUUGUUACAGCUUGCACAUGCCAGAACAAUACUAACAAGAACGAUCUCAAGGUGACUGAACAGAGGUUUGGCAUCAACAUUCCUCAUAAGUUCAGUGUCCACAACUACAAAGUCCCAACGUUCUGUGACCACUGUGGUUCCUUGCUGUGGGGUCUUUUGAGACAAGGCCUACAGUGUAAAAUCUGUAAAAUGAACGUCCACAUCAGAUGUCAAGCAAACGUCGCACCAAACUGCGGGGUGAACUCAGCGGAGCUUGCUAAAACCUUGGCAUGCAUGGGCCUGCAACCAGGAAGCAUUUCCCCAAAUUCGAAACUGUCUUCAAGAUCUUCUUUGAGACAUCAGGGAAAAGGCAGCUUGAAAGAUAACAACGGGGUCAGUGAAAGUUCAGCAAGCAAACUCGGGAUCAAAGACUUGACCUUCCUUCGUGUAUUGGGAAAGGGCAGCUUUGGAAAGGUGAUGCUUGCCAAGAUGAAAGAGAGUGGGCAGCUCUAUGCAGUGAAGGUCCUGAAGAAGGACGUCAUUCUUCAAGAUGAUGAUGUUGAGUGCACCAUGACCGAGAAACGCAUCCUCUCCUUAGCAAGGAAUCACCCAUUCCUCACUAAGCUCUACUGUUGCUUCCAGACUCCUGAUCGCCUGUUCUUUGUGAUGGAGUUCGUAAAUGGCGGGGACUUGAUGUUCCAUAUUCAGAAGUCGCGUCGCUUCGAUGAAGAUCGGGCCCGGUUCUAUGCUGCAGAAAUUAUUUCAGCCCUUAUGUUUCUCCAUGAAAGAGGCAUCAUUUAUCGGGACUUGAAGCUGGACAAUGUGCUGCUGGACCAUGAAGGACACUGCAAGCUGGCAGACUUCGGAAUGUGCAAGGAGGGCAUUCACAAUGGCAUUACCACAGCAACCUUCUGCGGUACACCAGACUACAUUGCUCCAGAGAUUCUACAAGAGAUGCUGUAUGGCCCUGAUGUUGACUGGUGGGCCAUGGGUGUGCUGCUGUACGAGAUGCUGUGUGGCCAUGCACCCUUUGAGGCAGAGAACGAGGACGACCUCUUUGAGGCUAUUCUGAAUGAUGAAGUUGUCUACCCAACGUGGCUCCAGCAGGACGCAGUGGCAAUCCUCAAAGCGUUCAUGACGAAGAACCCCAGCAUGCGGUUGGGCAGCACAGCGCUGGGUGGUGAGAGCGCGAUCCUGCGGCACCCCUACUUCAAAGAGCUGGACUGGGAGCUGCUGAACCAGCGCCAGAUGGAGCCACCAUUCAGACCCCGAAUUAAAUCCAAAGACGACGUGAGCAACUUUGAUCCCGACUUUAUAAAAGAGGAGCCCAUUCUGACUCCCAUUGAAGAAGGAAUUCUUCCAAUGAUAAACCAGGAUGAAUUUAGAAACUUUUCAUUCACAAGCCCAGAACUGCAGCAAUAGUUACGACUCUGAGGAAAGGCUGCUUAGAGAACUGGGGGGAAUGAAAUGAAAACCAGGUUUACCAGAAAUUUCAUUCUCAAGAAGUAACAGUGCACUGACUUUACAUGAUACAGCAGCACCACCGUCAACAUUACCUUAAUGUGAAAUCAAAACCUUCCUGUGUUUGUAGGAUUUAUUCAGCUCUUGGAUCAAAUAUCGACAGGGUGGAACAAAUGUGAUAUUGUAAAUAGCUGCUGCAGACGGAGAUUUGGAUGCUGAGCUGGUUGGCUCAGCCUGAAUGUUAUCGCUUGCGGCGAAUUCGAGUUGACAUGAGCACGAAACAAGUGUCUUGCUGCUCUGAGCCUAACAGACUUGUAAUAAUUGUCAUUGCUUGCAAGGCUGUUUUGUGGAGUCCCAGCACUGUCCAGCAUUUGAGAGCCAUGAUCCAGCAUCCCGUGGCCUGAUUGAACCAGAUAUUCUUGCUGACUUUACCCAUUUCUGAAGUAUUUAUUUCUUUCCGAAGGACAAAUGACUCUCUUCGUCGCUGUUUGGGUUUGCAAGUGAAAUAUUUCAUUGUGCUGACUGGCAGAAGGAAAAAAAAAAAAAGCGCCCUGUGCCCACACAGAUUCUUCCAAAUCAAAGGGAAGUCACGUGCUCGUUGUGUUUUACUGCUGGUGCGAUAUGAAAAGUUUCAGUGUUGCAUUCUGUGAAAUGCCUUUUUACGUCACGCAUCUUCAAUGCUCCAUUCUUUGCCUCCCAGCUGUUUUCGACUAUAAUGUAACCAGUAAAACCUUACUGUUUAUUUAGGCCCGCUCUAUUUAAUUAUGCUAUACAGAGCCCCUUUUGUGGGUUUAGUGCCUCAUUAAAAUUUUGAUCCCAAGUGGUAUCGCUUAA